CACAGUUAUUCCACCUCUUGUUGAGCUAGCAUGAAAUUGCUCCUGACUGAUUAUCGAUGCUGCAAAGUCUUCCAUUCCUUUUGAAAAGAGACAGUAAUCUUCUUUCUUUGCUCCAGUACAUGGGGUUGCUUCAAGGAAAACUCUUCUUCCACAGUGGCGCUUUAUACUCCGUCCUAAUAUACUAGUAGCCGUCGCCAAUCCCCUUCUACGUUUGUCUCGCACAGCGUCCUCAGUCGAUACUGGCUCGACCUCGAUUUCAGCAAACGAUCGCGGAACCUGGAAAACUGGGAUUCUAUGCGAGCCCUCCUCUGUCGCCUCCAACGCAUCGGAACCCAGCCUUCGAUACGUUGCGAGGCGGAUCCUCGUGGGACCCUUUGGGUGGGAUGGAUGGCGACAGCCAUCAACGGAAACAGCAUGAUCCUUCCAGCUACCCAACGGUGCCUGGAAUGGGGCGACAGCCAGUCCAACAAGCCCCAGACAGUUCGAGAGGCCCAUACGGACAACCAGCCUUACUUCCUCCACGCGGAGAAGCUCCGGUUCGAGGACAGGGACAAGGCUCUGGCGUCUCAGCCUACACGGGCUAUGGAUACACAGAUCAACAGUCAUACAGUGCCUCAUCGUUUCAGGGCGACUCACUGCAUGGAGGGGGAUUGCAAUAUCAUCCAAGUUUCCAUACAAGUCCUUCGCGCCAGCAGCAAACUGCACAACAGCAUGGGCAACAGCAAGAUCGCCAGCAUCAGCCACCACUGCCUCUACCGCCGCCGCAACCGCAACCGCAAUCGCAACAGCAACAGUUCUCACAGUAUGGCAGUAAUAUGGCCUAUGGCCUCAGUCAGCAGGGUCAGACACAGACACCAUAUGAAGUUGUUCCACAAUACCAACCACGGCAGUCUGCAGCUCUCGAGGCCUUGUCGUCGCAACUUGGAGUUCCACCGUAUUUUUCACCGGGUGGGCCAACAGGAACCCAAGUUCCUGCCGUUCUUCCGCAAUACUUAACUCCCCAGGUGCAGCCAUCUUCAUAUUCCCAGGGUAUGGUCGAUCGAUCUAGCACUGCACAGUCAUUCCCAGUAGCCAUGGCGGAACUUAACACUACGGAGACCACCGAUCGCUUGGGGCAGCAAGAACAAAGCCAAGAAGCGGCCAGUUCUGAUGACGCAUAUAGUCAAUACCAACAGGCUUUAAGAAUGGCAUUCGAUCAUACUCGAGCAGGGAGACUGGUGGAUGCAAGCCAAUCACUUCUAGAAAUCUCUGAGUGGCUGGUUUGCAAUUCGCGGGAGCUAGGAAUUUUGCGUGAUGACCAAGAGCUUCAUGCCGGCAGACUUAAGCUCUGGGAUGAGUUUAAUCUCUGCUGGCUCUCGCUUUUCCAGAAGCAGAAGGACAUAACACAAGCUCUCCUGCAGUCCGGUGAACGGCAACCACAUCCUAGUAUGCUCACCCUGGAUAUGCUGGACAAAAUGGGAAAAGAACUUAUACGUCUCUGUGACAAGAUGGAGCCGCAUGGCCUCGUUGACUACCAAAUGGGCAUAUGGGAGGAAGAAAUCCUGUCUGUUCUGGGCCAGUGUCUCGACUUAUUGGAAGGCCGAAGCGUGGCUGAGCAAGGCCGGAGAUGAUAGGACAAGAAGUGCUGACGAGAACUAAUAAGCUCUACCUGAGAGACUACCAUAAAUUCCGUUCUUGAUGCCGAACUAUCGCCUUUUCGACACAGCCCCCUGACAGUUACCCAUAGCGUCAUCAACAACACGAACUGAAUAUCUGCUGUUACUCAGGAAGGUUUCCGCAAGUUCAUUCCUACAUUCAAACAGCGCUCGAACACGAAGCAAGUUUCAAGGAGUUGCACGGUCACCACGCUGCUUUAACGGGUUGAUAACC